AUGGCAACAUCCAGCGAGCACCCUGCUGAAAUCCCAGAAGAGCCCCAUCUGGCGCAUAUCACAAUUUUUCCGGUGCGCUCAUCCGCACAUCGAAACGCGCGAGAAUCUACCGAAUUGGAACGUAUCAGAACCAACUACUCUCGAGCGUCCUCCUAUCACCAGCGAGCUUUCAGCACACGGUCCAAGAGGCCAGAAAGCUUGCUGGAACGCUUCAACUAUGCUCUUCGUAACUUUUGGCGCCGUCAAAUUAGCAUCGACGUGGACCAUGGCGCCUGUAGAGAUCACCUUGCACUAGAGCGCACCUUUCUUGGCUACCUGAGGACAUCUCUCGCUCUAUCUAUGCUUGGAGCCAUUGUGGCUCAACUAUACCGACUUCAGCUUACACCCACCCCAAAUCCUGGCUUCGGCUUCUUCGUGCUGGGAAAGCCGCUCUCAAUCAUCUGCCAAGGAUCAGCAAUCUACACCUUGUUGCUCGGGGCCUUUCGAAUUUGGAGAAUGCAAAACGCAAUCGUCAGAGGAAAGGCCAUCACCGGUGGCUUUGAAAUCGUCGCUCUUGCGGCUGGCUUCCUUGCGGUGAGUACACAUUCUUUGUUCAAGCCAGCAGCACAUUGCUGA